AUGGAUUAUGAUGUAAAUGACAGUAAUAAUUGGAAUAACGAUGGCACUUGGAAUAUUGCUAAUGAUAAUGCCAUCGAAGGUUUUUAUACUUGGCCUGACAAUUGUAAAACGACCGAGUCUUCUUCUUGGGACACUUCCGAUGAUAAAACUGUCGUAGCAUCACCAAUCUACAACUGGUCUAAUAAUAAUGAUUUUAAUGAUUUUUUUGAAAAUUCUCUUGAAAGAUUCAAAAAUGAUUUAUUCCGAGUCUUUACUGAUUUUUAUUAUGAAUGGCAAGGUCUUUCUAAUGAAAGAACCUCAACAUCAUGGAAUGAACAAAAACAAAUUGUUAAUG